GCAGUCCAACCCCGGCAUCACUGCUUUCAUGAAGAAAAUGGGCUUUGGUGAUGAUUACACGAAACUGGAGCAGUACUACAUGCAGAAGGUGCUUGACAUUGUGUCUGGUCUGAAAAAGGGAUACAUGGUUUGGCAAGAGGUCGUCGACCUUGCAAAGGUAGCUGAAGACACUAUUGUGAAUGUUUGGAGAGACAAGUGGCAGGACGAGAUGGCCAGGGUGACAGGUAUGGGCUACAAGACACUCCUCUCCAACUGUUGGUACCUCAACUACAUCAGCUAUGGUCCCGACUGGAGUACUUACUACAAGUGUGACCCACAAGACUUCCCAGGCACUGCUCAACAGAAAAGUCUUGUUCUUGGAGGGACAACAACAAUGUGGGGGGAAUAUGUUGACGACACAAAUCUCAUCUCCAGAUUUUGGCCACGAGCAGCGGCUGUAGGUGAGCGUCUGUGGAGUGACGCCUCUGUCACUGAUGUCGGCGAGGCCCAACUGCGUAUCGCUGAACACCGAUGUCGCAUGGUCAAACGUGGCUUCAACGCUGAAGAGCUCAUAGGACCUGGCUACUGUGAUGUGGAGUACUGAACUGACUCUUCCAGUCCAGUCCUGACUGUGACCUCAGCAAUUUGGACACAUUCCGUGCCACAUUAAAAAUAAAAAUAAUGCGUUAAUAUUGUAUCGUCCAUAGGUUUGUACAUUGUAUUAUUUUCCACUUGAAGAAAAAAUUAAUUGAUAAUGUGUUUAAAACUAGAUCUAAACUGCGUUUGUGUGUAAUAAAAUAUAAUAUGUGGAAAACACUAA